AUGAAGGGUACAACAGAUGAAAACAGGGUGGGUAAAACAGAUGAAAACAGAGGUUUUAUCGAACCCAUUAAAAAUAUUGUUACCAUUGCACGGUUCACAGAUAUUUGUGAGACGAAAAAUGUCUUUCCCAGAUCGAGCUCAACGGAAAACUUCUUCACUUUUAACAUCAGACGUUUUACGGGAUAUAUUGAUAAAAAUAAAGACAAAUAUAAGAUCCUGCAA